AUGACCGUGCCCGGGGUGCUGCUCACCGUGCCGCUGCUCCUGCUGCGAGGGGGGUUUCCAGGGGCUGCCAGUGACUCUGUGACUCUGAAGGAAGGAGAAAAUCUAAAUCUUCACUGCAACUUCAGCACCCCCAGCAACACCAACUUUACCCUGCAGUGGUCAAACCCUCAGGGUUUCACCAUUUUCCUCAACACCCACCAGGUUUUAAGAGACCAGAGGUACAAACUGCUCCGUUAUUCCAAGGAUGAAUUGUCCAUCCAGCUGUCCAACCUGACAGUGCAGGACGAAGGAAUUUACAAGUGCUUCUACUACAGCAGGGACAUCCAAAACAAGAGCCAGAAUGUUGAGAUUUUGGCUGCUCCUUCCCACCCCAUGCUGGAAGUCUCCCAGGAUGAAGGAAGAGGCAUCAAACUCUCCUGCUACACCCAGGGGGGCAGACCCCAGCCCCAGAUUUCCUGGCUGCUGGACAACGGGAUCGAGCUCCUAGGUGACACCAGGCACCAGCUGGGAGCUGAUGGGAAGAAAUGGAGCACCAGGAGCACACUGAGGAUCCUCAGCUACAGCCCCAAAGUGACAGCCAGCUGCAUCACCCAGCACCCUGCCCUCGGGGCACGGGGGCUGGUGGCAUCUGUCCACCUCCAGGACCUCCCCAGCACGGGCUGCAAGCAAGCAACCAGACUUUCAGAGGAUGCGCAAGUUCCCAGCCCUUCAGAGAAUCCAGCAGUUUCCAGCUCUCCAGAGAAUCCAGCAGAAAUCUCCAGCCCCUCUGCAUCCCCAGAGAAUCCAGAAGCUUCCAACUCUUCUGCAUCCCCAAAAGAUCCAGAAGUUUCCAACCCUUCUGCAUCCCCAGAGAAUCUGGAAGCUGCCAACUCAUCUGCAUCCCCAGAGAAUCCAGAAGCUUCCAACUCUUCUGCAUCCCCAAAAGAUCCAGAAGUUUCCAACUCUUCUGUAUCCCCAGAGAAUCCAGAAGUUUCCAGCCCCUCUGCAUCCCCAGAGAAUCCAGCAGUUCCCAGCUCAGCACCACCGCCAGCCCAGCCAAACCUCACAGAUGUCUCAUCUAACGAGCGAGAUGCCCAGUCCAGAGGAGUGGGGAGGAAGCAGAGGAAUCUCCUGCUGCCCGUGCUGGUGGCUGCUCUGCUGCUGGCGCUGCUCAUCAUCGCUCUGCUCUUGGCGCUGAAGCUGAAGAAAGCGCACGGGCAGUGGAGGAGAGAGAAUGAUGCUUCAGAGCAGACACUGGAGAGUUAUAAAUCCAGAUCUAACGAAGACAGUCCAGGCCAUGAGAAGAAUGGACAAGCUGGAAAUCCCAAAUCCAACAUGCAAUAUGUAACAGAGGGACCUGUGGAAACCCCAGAGAAGAGCCCAGGAACCCCAGAGAAGAGCCCAGGUGCCAAAGCCACGGCAAGGAGUGAGGCAAUAUUUGCGUGUGGAAGGGACACAGACGUGUAA